AUGCCACCGAAAGCAGAUUGGGAUAAGUAUGUGGCUCCAGAUGAAGAGGAUGAUAAGUCUCAAGAAAAAAUAGUCCCUUUAAGUGAAGGCGAUAUUCAUGUUUUGAAGACUUAUGGAGCUGCACCAUAUGCGUCGUCUUUGAAGCACAUAGAAAAAGACUUGAAAGACAUUGAAGAGCGAAUAAAGGAAAGCAUUGGGAUUAAAGAGAGUGACACUGGAUUGGCGCCUCCACAUUUGUGGGAUGUUAUGGGAGACAAGCAAAGAAUGUCAGAAGAACAGCCAUUACAAGUUGCUCGGUGUACUAAGAUCAUAGAAGCAACGAAUCCCAACCCUGUAGCUGGUGCACUUCAAAAUGCUGAUAAUAAAUCAAAAUAUGUGAUUAAUAUAAAGCAAAUUGCGAAGUUUGUGGUAGCAUUAGGUGAAAGAGUUUCACCGACCGAUAUUGAAGAGGGUAUGAGGGUUGGUGUCGACAGGCAAAAGUAUGAAAUUCAAUUGCCAUUACCUCCUCGUAUUGAUCCUUCGGUUUCUAUGAUGACUGUUGAAGAGAAACCAGAUAUUACAUAUAGUGAUGUCGGAGGUUGUAAAGAACAAAUUGAAAAAUUGAGAGAAGUGGUCGAAUUACCAUUGUUGUCCCCAGAGAGGUUUGUGAAGUUGGGUAUUGAUCCACCUAAAGGAAUAUUACUUUAUGGGCCACCAGGAACCGGUAAAACAUUAUGUGCGAGAGCUGUAGCAAAUAGAACGGAUGCAACUUUUAUCAGGGUAAUUGGGUCAGAAUUAGUACAAAAAUAUGUUGGUGAAGGUGCUAGAAUGGUGAGAGAGUUGUUUGAAAUGGCCCGAACCAAAAAGGCUUGUAUUAUAUUUUUUGAUGAAGUUGACGCAAUUGGCGGUGCAAGAUUUGACGAUGGGGCUGGCGGCGAUAACGAAGUUCAAAGAACAAUGUUGGAGUUGAUUACGCAAUUAGAUGGUUUUGAUCCAAGAGGAAAUAUCAAAGUUAUGUUUGCUACAAAUAGACCCAACACUUUGGAUCCUGCGCUAUUGAGACCAGGGAGAAUUGAUCGUAAGGUUGAAUUCUCGUUACCUGAUUUGGAAGGAAGAGCUAAUAUCUUUAGAAUCCAUUCUAAGACAAUGAGCUGCGAGAAAGACAUCAGAUGGGAAUUGAUUUCCAGGUUAUGCCCAAAUGCAACCGGAGCAGAAUUGAGAUCUGUCUGUACUGAAGCAGGUAUGUUUGCUAUAAGAGCUAGAAGGAAAGUUGCAAAUGAGAAAGAUUUUUUGAAGGCUGUAGAUAAAGUCAUUAAGGGCAACUUGAAAUUUAGUUCCACCAGUCAAUAUAUGCAAUAUAACUAA